CCGGAAAUACUGUUAGGUGGAGCUUGUGACAGCUCUUCCUUAUCAUCAUGGCUAGCUGCUGCUCUCUGAAAAUAUUAACAAUUUUAACCUUUGUUUUGUUCCAUGCAUUUGUGGAAAGUAAUAACUUUGAGGCCAAAGCCGGCCAAUUCAUCAGCAGUGGUCAUACUAACAACUGGGCAGUACUGGUUUGCACAUCCAGAUUCUGGUUCAACUACCGUCAUGUUGCCAACACACUAUCCGUGUAUAGAAGUGUCAAGCGACUAGGCAUCCCAGACAGUCACAUUGUUCUGAUGCUGGCAGACGACAUGGCCUGUAACCAUAGAAACCCUAAGCCAGCCACUGUGUUCAGCCACAAGAACAUGGAGCUGAAUGUGUACGGGGAUGAUGUGGAGGUGGAUUACCGUGGUUACGAGGUCACUGUGGAAAACUUUCUCCGUGUUCUCACGGGCAGACUGCCUCCCAGCACCCCCAGGUCCAAAAGACUACUGUCAGAUGACCACAGCAACAUCCUCAUUUACCUAACCGGUCAUGGAGGGAACGGCUUCUUGAAGUUCCAGGACUCUGAGGAGAUCAGUAACGUGGAGCUAGCUGACGCCUUCGAGCAAAUGUGGCAGAAGAGAAGGUACAGCGAGCUGCUGUUCAUCAUCGACACCUGCCAGGGGGCGUCCAUGUACGAGAGGUUCUACUCCCCCAACCUGAUGGCCCUGGCCAGCAGCCAGGUGGGAGAGGACUCCCUGUCUCACCAGCCGGACUUGGCCAUAGGGGUUCACCUGAUGGACCGCUACACUUUCUACCUGCUGGAGUUCCUGGAGGACAUUCACCCUGCCAGCACCACCAACAUGAAUGACCUGUUCAAGGUGUGUCCAAAAAGCCAGUGUGUGUCCACCCCGGGCCACCGUACCGACCUGUUCCUGCGUGACCCGGGGAGCGUCCUCAUCACAGACUUCUUCGGCAGCGUUCGCAAAGUGGAGAUCACCAUGGAGACGAUCCACCUCCCCUCUCCCAUAGAGAAGGUGACGGAAGAGAAGAAGUACGCCGAGCCGCAGACGGAGAUCCACGCCUACGUGGACCAGCUCCCCGUGGCCGAGAUCAUCCACCAGAAGCCCAGGCUCAGAGACUGGCACCCUCCAGAUGGCUUCAUCCUGGGCCUGUGGACCCUCAUCCUGCUGGUGUUCUUCAAGACCUACGGCAUCAAGCACCUCAAGCACAUCUUCUGAGGCCUGGGGAGGUCCAGUCCCUGGAGUUCUUGCACCGUGUUUUGUUGCUCCAGGACGCCAUUUUCUUUACAGCAGCCAUAGGGAGGGGUGAUGGUUCUGCCCGGUGGAGUCAGGGGAUGUUGGAGCCCUUUAGAAGGUUAUCUGUAGACUGCCUUUUCAAAAGCUCAUUUCCCUUUGUUAAUCCCCCGUAACACUUUUAAACUGAACUGAAAUAUGUAAUAAAAAUUUUAAAAAGACAACAUACCUGAAGGAUGUAAGCAUGCAAGCACAGUGAUCCUUCCUAGUAUGGCAGCCCAAGUUGGGUGCGGUGAGCCACCAGGGUGCACGGUUUAUGAUGUUUUCUUUGUGUUUAAUGUUCUGUUUUGUACAAACCGCCUAUUCAAUAAUUGCGAUGAUUUGUCUGAAACGCACUGUAUCGAGUCUGCAGAUAAGAAUGUCAUUUCUCGGAGAGCACGCCGCUCCGCAUAUUUAAAGCACCGGGGCCUUUUGACUAAAGUGGCUCUCAGCAUCAUGGUCUCCGUGAAAAGAAUAUGUAGGGGGAGGGGGGGAUAAGGGUCUCAAUGGUUUCCAUGGGGGUUGUUGUGUUGGCUGCUUGUUGCUUUGGUCCGCUUGUGUACACUACAGUGCGGGGUGCCCACUACAGAACGUUCCGGGUGGUGUGCUGGAUAUCCAUUGGAGAUGAUGCCAUCUCACAUGAUGGAACCAUCUACAUUUUCCAUUCACCAUAUUGCCCUCUCCCAGGAAUCGUCCAUUAACUGGCUGGCUGUGGACUUGGCCGAUGGGACUCUUACGCUGGACAUCCAUCCACUGUGGAAAGGAGGCUGCACAUGGGACGACUGCUUUUUCUCCGGCCCGCGUUAUCAACGCUUUUGUUUCUCCCGACUCCUUUGUUGUUCGGAGCUCAUGCUUUGGGGGGGGGAUUUAACUUUUAAUAAAAAAUACUUCCUGAUGUCUUGA